AUGGGCGGACCUGGCGCUGGGAUGGGACCGGGGGGAACGGGGGGUAUGGGGAUGAUGGGCAUGGGACCCAUGGGCGGAAUGGGGAAUAUGGGAGGAACGGGGGGGAUUGGGGGUGCGGGUUAUGGGUUUGAUCCGAUGUACCCGCAAGGGUACGGUGGCGGAGGAGGAGGCGGAGAUUCGUCGCGGAAGUGGGGAAAAGGGGAGGGAUCCGCGGAAGGUAGCGCACAGGCGGGAUCUGGACCUGGUAUGGGAGGAAUGGCCGGGCCUGGAGGCAUGGGAAACAUGGGCAUGGGCGGGAACAUGGGCGGAGGCAUGGGAUUGGGAAUGGGCGGAGCGGGCGGAAUGGGGAUGAACAUGGGAUUCGGUCCUGGCCCAGGGGGAAUGGACGGGCCUGGCGGAUGGGCAGGCGGAGGGGGAGGAAGAGGGGGAAUGCCUGGCGGCAUGGGCGGAGGGGGAGCGGGAGGCGGAGGGGGAGGUGGGGCCGGAAUCGGGGCCGGCGCAGGUGGAGGUGCAGGGGCAGGGUCCGGCGGCGGCGGAGGAGGCGCUGGGAUGGGCGGAGGCGGCCCAGAAACGGGUGCUGGGGAGGGGAUGAUAUGGCGGCGCGCAAGGGCGCGGGGGAUGGCAGGGGGCCGGCACGGGGAGGUGACGGAGGAGGAGGAGGAGGAGGAGGAGGAGGAGGAGGAGGAGGAGGAGGAGGAGGAGGAGGAGGAGGAGGAGGAGGAGGAGGAGGGGGAGGAUGCGGGGGCGGUGGUGCUGAAGGGACAGCAGCAGCAGCAGCAGCAGCAGCAGCAGCAGCAGCAGCAGCAGGCAGCGCAAGCGUCAGAGGCACAAGGGCCCGCCAGCAAGGCAACGACUGGCGCUGCUGGCGAAGGUGCUGGUGGGGCUGGUGGUGGCACUGCCAAGGGAGGGGCGCCAGGGGAAGGAGCAGGGGGAGGAACCGGGCCUGCAGGGGCGGACGCUCCUUCUGCAUCAGCUGCUGCUGCUGACAGUGCUGGUGGGGGAGGGGGAGCGGGUGGGGGAGGGGGAGGGGGAGGGGGAGGGGGAGGGGGAGGGGGAGGAGGGAGUGUGGGCAUGGGAGCGACGGGCAAGCCACCCAACUGGCGCACGCGCAUGUGCCACCGGUGGGAGAUGACUGGCAACUGCCCCUUCGGUGACAAGUGCCACUUCGCCCAUGGGGUCCAUGCAGAGCUGCAGAGGUACGGGGGCGGCCCCAUAGACCCAUCCAUGCUGCCGCCGCCCUAUGCCGACCAGUUCCACCGCAUGGGGCCAGGCAUGCCCCCCAUGGGCGCCAUGGGGGGCCCAAUGGGCGCAAUGGGGGGAGGCCCUGGGGGAGGCGUUCCCCCUGACUUCCCCCCGUAUGGCCCCGGCGGUGGGCCUGCUGAUGGGCCUGGUUUCCCUGGUUCUGCUGGGAUGGGUGGGGGUGGGGUGGGAGCGGGGCCUUUUCUCCGGCCUCCUCCUAUGGGGUUUGGUCCUGGGGUUGGGGCAAUGGGGAGAGGAGGGCCCAUGCCUGGCCAAGGUAUGGGCUCGUUUGCUGAUGGCAGGCAUGGGAUGGGAGGCGGUUUGGGUGGUGGUAGAGGGAGGGGGAGGGCGGAGGGUGGGAGAGGGUUGAGUGGUGGGGGGAGGAUGGAGAAGGAUGGGGUGAAUUUGUUGUAUGGGGACUGGGUUGAGGAGGAUGAGUGGGCAGGGAAGGAAGGGGAUGAGGAAGAGGGGGCAGAGGGAGAAUUUGAUGGUGGGAGGUUGUUGGAAGAUGGGUGUGAUGAGUUGUUUGCAUGGGUGUGGCAAAAGGAAAUGGAGCAUAGCAUUGAGAAGGAGAGUGGCUCCGACAUCGACUUUGAAAGCCUUUUGCGGGAAGGAGGGCAAUCACGAUUUGUAUCCAUGCCUAGAAGGAAAGUCAAAGCCACUAAGACGGGUCAUAAUAGAAUUGUUCCUUAUAUGCUGAAGUCUCCAUGUACGUUCUAA